AUUUUCUAAUAAUUUUUUUUUUUUUUUUUUAAAUAUAAGAUGCAUCACUCUUUUAACAGUUUAGGUACUUCAACCUCACAGAUGCACACUAAACACAUUUAUGUGAUGAAGUCUUGCUUCGCUGUGUUGUUUUCUGCAGGAAGCAGCGUGAGCCUGGCCGAGGUCCUCUCAGAUUUCUGGUCCAGGCUGGUGGAGCGGGUCUUCUCUCUGGUCAACCCACAGUACCAGUUCAGUGAAGACUAUCUGGAGUGUGUCAGCAAACACGCUGAACAGCUGCAGCCUUUUGGGGACGUGCCUCGCAAACUCAGAGUACAAGUUUCAAGAGCGUUCAUCGCAGCCAGAUCUCUGUCUCAGGGCUUGGCUUCUGGGCGGGACAUAGUACACAAAGCAACAAAG